AUGAAUGACGAUAUCUUAAUUCAAAAAAUGAAAUGUGAAUUUAUGGAUCAUCCAAAAUAUAUUCCACCACCACCAUUAUUAUAUUCAAACAUCAAUAAUAAUAAUGAAAAUAUUUUUCAAAAAAGAAAUACACCAACCUCUUCACCUACCUCCUCUUCAACCCCAAGAAACAAUAUAUUAGAAUCACCAAGAUUCAGUAAUAAUGAAUAUAUAAAUAAUAUAAAUGUAAAUAAUGUAAAUAACAGCUAUAGUGGUAACAAUAACAUCAGUAUGAAUAAUAGUAACAAUAAUAUAAAUAAUGUAAAUAAUAAUAGAAAUAAUAAUAAUAAUAAUUGUAGUACUCCUCGUAAUAACUUACAUAUUAGUAUUAUUAAUAACAACAAUGACUUUGAUGAUAAACAACAACAACAACAACAACAACAACAACAACAACAACACUACUCAUACAAUAUAAAUAAAAUGACAAUUAAUAACAUUGAUAAUGCCUCGCCCAUUUCAAUAGGUCAAGUUAAUCCAUUUGCAUCUUUUCCUCCAUUCGUCCCAUCUAUCGAUAAAACCUAUCCAUAUGCACAAUAUGUUAAGGUUGAACAGAAUGAUCCUUAUGCAAACUAUAUUAUUACAAACCCAAUGGACCCAUCUCAAAUGGAAACAAUGAACGAAAAUGAAAAUUGUGUAGGCUUCGAAAAAUAUUUAAAGGUAUAUGAUAAAUUUGACAGCUACUACAGAAGUUUUUGUGUAUUUAAAAAGAACGAUGUACAAUUCCCAAUCAACGUUUCAUCAUUAUCAUUAUCAGUUCCAGGAACCCCAACAUCAUUUAGCCAUGGAAUGAAUUACUUAAACAAUUUUGAAUCCUUAAACAACACUAAUACAAUUAAUAAUGGUAUUUUCAACAAUAAUAACAAUAAUAGCAAUAAUAACAACAACAACAACAACAACAACAGCACCAGCAAUAAUAAUAAUAAUAUAAAAAAUAACAAUAUAAACGAUAUAAUAGACACAAACAUGGAUAGCAUGGACACAAGUUUUGAAACUCAAAGUUACAGAUAA